CAGCCAGCAGGCAACAUCAAUUCAACGCAUUUACUCUACAUAAUCAUCAACAAUGAACAUUUCGUUCGAGGGGAAGAGGAUAUUGGUCACUGGUGCAGGUCAAGGAAUCGGUAGGGAUCUUGCGCUGCGUCUAUCCAAGUACAAAGCCACGGUAAUAGCAAUAUCUCGAACCAAGAAAUUCCUGGACACUCUGAAGAUCGAGGACCCCAAGAUAAUCACACUGACAGUGGAUCUGAGAGACUGGGAUGCGACAAGAACCGCUGUGAAGAGCAUUUUACCGAUCGAUAUGGUCGUCAAUAACGCCGGCGUUGCCACCCUCGCCCCAUUUCUACAACUGACGAAGGAGGAUUUCGAUAUCACGAUGGAUGUGAACGUCAAAGCGAUUUUCAAUGUCUCGCAAAUAGUCGCUGAAGACAUGAUUAAACGAAAUUGCGCAGGAAGUAUUGUCAACAUUUCCUCGCAGGCUAGUCAGGCAGCCAUCAAGGAUCACGCGGUUUACUGCGCGUCCAAGGGAGCUGUCGAAAUGCUCACAAAAGCGAUGGCAUUGGAACUGGGUCCACACAAAAUUCGAGUCAACAGUGUGAAUCCGACGGUAGUUAUGACGGCUAUGGGAAAACUCGGUUGGGAGGAUCCGAAGAAAGCGAAAGAUCUGAUUGAUAAAAUUCCCCUCGGCAGAUUUGCUGAGGUCGACGAAGUCAUAGACGCAACUGUUUACUUGUUGAGUGAUCGCAGUAGCAUGAUAACAGGAACAGCACUCCCUGUGGAUGGUGGAUUUCUCGCGACAUGAUUAUUUUUGAGAGUUUGCCAGGUAAAAAGUGAUUGUCAAAGUGAUGUAAUAAUUCGAGAUCAAGUGACAAUUGUCUCGAAUUAUUGAUGAAAAUGAAUAAAUAAAUAAGUAUGUUGGAAGCACUCACCGGCGUUGGAUGAAAACAA